GUGUUGUUUUCCAGUUUUUAGAUUGCAUCAAUCAACCACAAUAUAGAACAGAGUCAUCAACAGCAUCUAUUACCAACUACAGCUGUACAACUACCCAGUUACACGAUUGAGCAUAAACUGAGCAAAUUUGGAUAAAGAUGGCUUACACAGAGCAACAGAAAGCCUACCAUCUUAGGAAGAUGAGGACCAGAGCUGCAAGACUGGAUAUCAAUAAAGAUGGAUUCAUUUCACGUGAAGACUACGAAAUCAUGAGCAAGAGAUUGGCUGAAUACAGCAAAGUAACUGAAGAGCAAGCUAAGAAAAUCCGUGAUUCUGUACUAGCUGUAGCUGACAGCAUUAAGCUUACUGGUGAUACAAAGUAUCCAGUUGAACAAUUUGCUAUGAAGAUUAGUCAAACUAUUCUUGGGAAUACAGGAGAAAAGAAUCAAACUGAUUUGCAUACUUCCCACAACGCUUUGUUUGAUGUCAUCGACACUAAUGGUGAUGGUCACAUUUCAGUGGAGGAGUUUAAGGUCUACUUGAAGGUGGUGGCUCCGGGCGUGACAGAGGAUCAAGAUAAGCAUGCUUUUGAUGUUAUCGAUGCUGACAAGAACGGGGAAAUCAGCCGAGAGGAAUUCUUGGCAGCUGCUGAAGAUUUCUUCAUUGGUGUUGAAGAGACAGAGCUUGCUGCAGCAUUCAUGGGAAAGCUGGUGGACUAAGUCAAGCAAUUGGACUAUAAACACUGUAUUAUAGUGAAGUGGACUGAACAAACUAAUGCUGUAUUAGCGUAAUAUAGCCCAUGAAGCAAAGAAGCUAUAGUAUAGCUGUAGAGAUAAUUAGCAGUAGCUAUGCCAUUUGUGUGCAUGCAUGGAAUGUGCAUUUAGUCAA